CCAACGGAGACCAUGGGCAAGAUUGUUUUUUACGAGGACAAAAAUUUCCAAGGUCGUAGUUAUGAGUGCAGCAAUGACUGCACAGACCUACACAUUUACUUCAGUCGCUGUAACUCCAUCAGAGUAGAGAGUGGCUGUUUCAUGAUCUAUGAACGUCCAAAUUAUAUGGGCCACCAGUAUUUUAUGAAGCGAGGAGAUUAUUCUGACUACCAGAGAUGGAUGGGUUUCAGUAGCUCCAUUCGAUCCUGCCGUACAAUUCCAAUGUACAGGGGUCCAUACAGACUGAGGAUCUAUGAGAAAGCUGACUAUGGAGGCCAUAUGAUGGAGUUCAUGGAUGACUGCCCCUGUGUGUCUGAUCGUUUCCACCAUCGACAUGUGUACUCCUGUAACGUGAUGAACGGCUACUGGAUCUUUUAUGAAUAUCCCAACUACAAAGGGAGGCAGUACUUCCUGAAAUCUGGGGAAUACAGGAGAUACCGGGACUGGUGUGCCACUUGUGCAACUGUGGGCUCUUUCAGACGAGUCACAGAUUUCUAG